AUGUCAGAUUAUGUUACAAAGAAAAAUUAUUUUCAAUAUGAACUUCCUAAUGAAGUUAUGAUAUAUAUGUUUAAAUUUGUUAAGCAUCCUUUAAAUUUGAUGAUAAGUUGUAAACGAUGUUCUUUUAUAUGUAAAGAUUCCCAAUCAAAAGCAGAAUGGAUUAUCUUUCAAUUUGGACGAGCUCAUUGUCUUUUCAACGCAAUUCGAUUGGGCCCCACAUUUAUUUCUGUCGAUGUUGCUCAAGCUAUUAUUUCUAAAGGCGGAAUCCUUUCAAGGUAUUUUGCGCAGCGGCUGAUUAUCCAUUAUGGUGAAUAUGAUCAAAAACUUAUCGAGUUAAAGAUCUCCCACAAUAUAGGGCAAACCAAUAUAGUUGGAAUACAACAAAAUAUUAUUCAUUGGGCCAGUAAUCUGCCAAUUUCUGUUUACAUAUUUUUAUUAACAGAAGCAAGUAAUCAAUUUAAAGAUAAAUUAUGCAUAAAAGGCAAUGAUUUGGAACUCUUUCAUCUUUUGACUGGAGGCCCUCAUAGUAUUAAUGUUGCAUCGACAAUUUUAAAAAGAAACAAAGAUGAUAUUAUAGAUUUAAUUUUACAUAAAAAAUUUAUACCUUUUCCACCACGAAACUCUGAUGAUAGACAGAUUAAUCCUAUAGAAGAAUAUCCACCAAAAGAUGGCCAUGAAAAUACUCGUCAACUUAACAUAAUCGCAAGGUCUAUUUUAAUCAAUAAAGACCUCGUACACUUAUGGAAAAAAAUCGGUUACUUUGAAAUUUGUGAAGACGUCAAUGAUCUUGUAAUUCAAGGAGCAAUAUUAAUUCUUUUCCCACCAGCACAACCUCUUGGAUGGACUAAACCAAGUGUUAAAGAUGUCAAAGAACGCCUUGAUACAUUAAUUGAUCUAGGAUUUCAAUUAAAUUAUAAUAUAAUUAUCGAUAUUCUUCACCUUUUUGAACAUCGUCUAGAUGAUAUUGGAAAAAUUUUAAUAGACUCGUUUGCAGAAAUUAAGCAAGAAACUCAAGAAUGCUUUUUACGAAGAAGUUUAAUUGAAACAUUAAGGCCAAAUGUUAACUUGAAAAAACCAGAAAUAUCGAACUUUAUUUACAAGCACCUACCCGGAAAUCCCGAAACUGAAUUUCAAAAAGCAGUUGACAAUUAUAAAGUUUUGAAAAUCUUUAAUAUUGAUUAUAAUCAUAGGGUUGCUAAUUUUCAAUUCGAUAUAAAUAUUGGUGAAUGA